GUCAGGCUGCUCUCACAUAUAUGCUCAGACUCUCGCUACCCGCCACACCAGGGUGUUGGUACCUUUCCCCGCUGCCGAUGGUGUCGGUCUGGAGAACGAUGUUUUUUUCUCUCUUUGUUGUCGAGGCAUUAGCCUUUGUUCCCAGGAUAGCAUUUUCCGCACCACCUGCCUCUAGAACAAGCGGGCAGCAGCCGACACAUGAAAGGUACAGCUCCCGAGGGAUCGUUGCUCGAUCACAGCUGCCGGCAAGCAGAAGCGUGUGGGGCGAACGCAUGAGUGCUGCAGGGUGUUCUAAAGAUGUACCAGGAGAUGCAACAGCGUGCGUUGUGGGACGUGAUGUCUGCACCGCCGUCGACAACCGAAACGCCGGCACCGGUACGGCAGGAACAACGGGGUUGACGAUCGGCGACGAGAUCGGCGGAGAUGGCCGAAGUGGGCGUCGUUUGCUGGCGAUUCCCCCUCUACUGGUUGCUGUGGCGACGGGAAGAAGCCUCGCUGCUGCUGCUGCUGUGACUGGAGGCAGAAUAGGUGGCGGAGGCUACUCCGCCCCGGCCGCCGCGGAGCGCACGCCAAGUGCCCCUCCAAUGCAGCAGCAACAGCAGUACCAGCCGCCCCAGCAGCAGCAACAAGGGCGAUACCAGCGGCCAAGGGCUGGCCGAGACAUCUACGGCUCCGAGGGAAGCCGGUUUCACAUCAGGUUUGAUGGUGGACGAGGAGGGAGGCGAUCAACCCGCGCUCGCUUCAACCCGUACGAUGGUGAUGCGCCUUCCACCUCCAUCACUCCCGGCGACGUCGCCAUGAUCGGCGGGGUUAGCGCCGCCGUGGCGGCCGUUCAGCGCUACAACAGAAAACGCUUUGUAGACGAAGAAGGUUCCGGCCAGCGUCCCUCCGCGCCGCUGCCGCCGCGUUCUGGCCGGGGGGGGAGCUCGCAAACGGCCGUGGUGACGACGCUACAGUUGGGUUUGUAUUGCGACCGCCAGGGGGGACAGGGGGACGUGUUGGCUACGCUGGACAAGCUCUCGCAGACGGCCGAUGUUAACAGCCCGAGAGGGUUAUCCACCCUUAUCAACGAGGUGUGCCUGACGCUGCUUCGAUCGGGCAGAGAUUGGCUAGGGGGCACUGGAAGCGUCAAAAUGUACGCCUCGGAAGGCCGUUCGAACAGCAGAGGGAAGAAGUCCUCCCCCGUGUCCAGGGCAAAGCGCGACUUCAACCGAGCCGCCAUGCGCGAGCGAUCAAAGUGGGAGCGGGAGACCGUGUCUAACACCCCCGACCGAGGGUUCAGCAGCAGCACCGCGCCUUCAUGGGGGGGGUUCAGCGCCCAGAAGAGCGGAACGUACGCGGUAGCGACGCUGAUCGUGGCGUGGUCGGGUUUGAACAGCACCCCUCCUCGGGCUGAGCCGCGAAGAGGCGGCUGGUUCACGCGGGAUAGCCGCGAUCGCGACGAUGACAGAGGCGUGGAGUUCUCGGUGGUGAACAGGCAGUCCGCGCUGACCCUCCUGGAAUGGCUAGGGGACGAGGCCGCGGAAGGGCGGGGAGAAAACGUGUUGGAUGUAGAGGUGCUGUGGACUCCCGCGGACCCAGAUGAUUCUUUGGACCGGGAAGAUUUGGACACCAAAUGGCCGGAGCUAAGAGCACUCUGA